AUGGUCAUCGCAAAAUUGAUGUGCCCGGGACUUUCGCUCGAUUACAUCUACAAAAACCGUAGCAGAAACCAAAAGGACGUUAAGGGUGGCGAUGCUCAAAUGCGCCUCCUCGAGCACAAGGUGUACUCUAGGAAGUCUUCGGCGAUGGGCGCAUGCAAUAGCAUAACAACUGCCGCUUUGUACCGCCAUCAACUAUUUGAUCGCCAGAUUACCGCCAUUGGGUUUGCUCGAACACAAACACAGCAAUUGGAUCGAAGAUGUAUUCCCGAACUGGUCAUUUUUUGGUGGCUCAAUGGAGCUUAUGGCUGUCCCCAAAAGGAAGCUUUCGAGUUUCGAGUUCCGUCCGCACUCCGCCGCCGCUCGAGACUGUUAUUCGCUCUUCAAGGCCAUCAACCGUCGACGGUUGACUGCUUCCUGCUAGUAGUGGCCCUGGUGGUGGACAGUAGACUGGUUGUAGUCUGGGUUAGUGGGUCUGCGAGACUGCGACUGGAUUAUCUGCUUCUGGAGACUAGAGUUCUGCUAGUAACUGUAGCUUUUGAGGUGAUUUUGUGGUGUUGCUGUUGGUGUUUUAUGGUGGUUUUGCUUUGGUGUGGUGUGGUGGCGAUUUUGUAUGGUCCGGUGAUGGCGGUGGUCAUGGCGGUGAUGUUGCUAUCAAGAGGUUGUGGUGGUGCUAGAGACAGUGGUGAUGAUGGUGUUUUUGUUACAGAUUUAGAAUCAAUUACAGAACUCAAUGGCGGCGAAGAAGAAGAGGAGGAGGAGGGUGAAUGUGGGUUUUGCUUAUUUAUGAAAGGGGGUGGUUGUAAAGACGCGUUUAUAGAGUGGGAGAAGUGUGUGGAAGAAGGAGAGAAGAACAAAGAAGAUAUUGUGGAGAAAUGUUUUCAGGCUACCGCUGCUUUGAAAAAGUGUAUGGAAGCUCAUUCUGAUUAUUAUGCGCCAAUUUUGCAGGCUGAGAAGGUGGCUGAGGAUGAGGCUGUGAAGGAAUUGGAAAAGGAAAAAGAAAGGUUAAAUAGCCAAGGGGGCAGUGAAAAAUCGGGAUCAGAAGAAAAGGAGGAAACAGUGGAUGGUUCUCAGCAAAAGAAAGAAUCUUGA